CGGCAGCGCUCUCCGGAGGCGCCGCGGUGCCAGCCCCGGGCAGAGCGUGAGCUGCCCCGGCGCCGGCACCCGCGCGGGGCGGCCGGGGCUCGCGGGGCGGCGCCGGGUAACGGGGGAGGCCCCGGCGCAUCGCUCGUCGCUGUGGGCGCCGGGGAGGUGCGAGCGCGGCCCCCGUGCUGCCCCCGGCCGCGGCGCGCAGCGGGCCCGGUGCUGGGGCCGCCCCGCGGGCACCGGCCUUCGGGCGCCUCCCGGGCCGCCGGGCGAGGGGGUAUCGCGGAUCCGGUCCGGAGGGGGCUCCCCCCGGCCCCGGUGCUCCCGCGCGCGCUGCGGGCGCCCGGGGGUGCCGGUGCCGCCGGGGGGAGGGCGCGGGGGCGGCUCCCCGCGGCCCCCCCGCCGCGGCCGCCCGCGCUGUGCUCGGCGGGGGCGGCAGCCGCGGGAUCCGCCCCCGGGGCCUCCCACGCCGCGGCGCAGCCGGGGCCGCUGCUAUUUCACGGUACCGCCCGUGUGGGCGGCGCGCAGAAGCGGCGCGGCGCGGCGGAGCGAGCGCGCCCGGCCCGGCCCGGCGCCCCGAACCCGCGCGGAGCCUGCCCAUGCCCCGCCGCCCCCCCCGGGGCGCACGGCGACCGCGCACGCGGCGGGCGUAGCGGCCGGACGCGGCUCCGGCCCGCGGUCGCCAUGGCCCUGCCGCGCACGCUGGGGGAGCUGCAGCUGUACCGGGUGCUGCAGCGCGCCAACCUGCUGGGCUACUACGAGACCUUCAUCCAGCAAGGCGGCGACGACGUGCAGCAGCUGUGCGAGGCGGGCGAGGAGGAGUUCCUGGAGAUCAUGGCGCUGGUGGGCAUGGCCACCAAGCCCCUGCAUGUCCGGCGCCUGCAGAAGGCCCUGCGCGAGUGGGCCUCCAACCCGGGGCUCUUCAGCCAGCCCGUGCCCGCCGUGCCCGUCAGCAGCAUCCCACUCUUCAAGCUGGCCGAGCCCAGUGGGCGCAAGGCGCUCAGCAACGGGCACGCCAGCCCCAGCGAGGCGGCGGGCAAGGCGGCCGGGACGCCGCCAGCCCGCAGCCCCGCCGAGCCCGCCGAGAAGCUGUCGCCGUCGGCGGCGCCGCCCUGGCCGGGCCGCAGCACCCCCGAGUCGGAGGGCGGCGGUGACGAGGAGCCGGCGGCCCCCCCGUUCUCGCCGGGCGGCGGCGGGGAGCCGGCACCGGGCGCGGAGCCGCUGGAGCCGGAGCUGGCGCGGACGGUGGCAGAGAGCGUGGAGCGGCUGCUGCAGAGCUGCCCCCGCGGCGGCGGCGGCGACGCCGAGCUGCGGGCGCUCAUGAAGCUCAACAAGAAGCUGGCCAAGGCGGUGGGGCACAUCUUCCAGAUGGACGAUGGCGACCGGCAGAAGGAGGAGGAGAUCCGCCGCCACAGCGCGAUCUACGGCCGCGGCGAGGCCCGGCGCCGUGACGGCAAGCAGCUCAGCCUGCACGAGCUGAUCAUCAACGAGGCGGCCGCCCAGUUCUGCCUCCGCGACAACUCGCUGCUGCUGCGGCGCGUCGAGCUCUUCUCGCUGUCGCGGCAGGUGGCCCGCGAGAGCACCUACCUGUCCUCGCUGCGGGGCGCCAGGGCCCUGCCCGAGGACGGCGUCGCCCCCGCGGCCAAGCGGCUCAAGCAGGAGGCGGGCGAGCAGAGCCGCGCAGAGCCGCUGCCGCUGGCCCUGGGCGCGGAGCCCCACGCGGCCCCGUUCCGCCCCGGCCUGGACGAGGACGCCGGCAGCCUCUCCGGGGAGAGCCUCGACGGCCACGCGCAGGGGGCGGGCGCCUGCCCCCGGCUGACGCCGCCGCCCGGGGCCCCCGAGCUGCCGCUGGGGCUGCCGCCGCACGGGCUCUGGAGCCGCCACAUCCUGCAGCAGACGCUGAUGGACGAGGGGCUGCGCCUGGCCCGGCUGGUCUCGCACGAGCGCGCGGGGCGCCUCAGCCCCUGCCUGCCCGGGAAGCCGCCGGUACCAGACCUGGAGGAUGGGCUGGCCGAGCGGGGCCCCCCGGCCCCCCCGGAGCCCCCCCGUGGCACCGUCAAGGUGGAGCAGGAGACCAGCCGGCAAUGAGGCGCCCGCCGGGGCCCCCGCAGCCCCCCGCCACCACUAACGAAGCAAUAAGGCGCUCGGGGCCGGGCGCCCGGCUGGCGUGGCGGCGGCUCCCGGGGGGGCCCGGCGCCCCCCCCGCCGCGCACCGACGCUCUCGUUACCUCAGCCGCGGCGGGGCGGCCCGCGCCUCCCGGCAGCAGCAAUACCCUCGCCCCCCCCCUCCCCAGGGCGCGGGGCCGCCGAACGGGCCGGUGCCUCGAUCCCGCUGUACAGCCCCCCCCGGCCCCCCCGGCCGCUGCGGAGAGAUGAGCGCGGCCCCCGGCCCCGCCGGCACGUGAGCCGCCCGUGGGGCCACGAGUGCCGGCGUCGGCGCAGCCUCCCACGGGCGCAGCGGGCAGCGCCGACACGCACAGCGCCGCGCCGCCCCCGGCACGGCCCCACGCAGCUCCAUGCGCUCACAGCUCCCUGCGGAAAAUCCACGCGCACCUCGGCGUGCACGCGCAGUUCGGCCACGCGCACCUCCCCGCGGCACAGCCGCACACGGCUCGGCGUGCAUGCGCAGUUCGGCCGUGAGCGCACACCUGCCUGCACUAAAUCUGCACGCAGCUCCGCAUGCACGUGCGUUUUGGCCACAAGCGCACCCCUCCCUGCAGCGCGUCCACACGCAGCUCAGCACGCACGCGCGUUUCGGCCGCGUGCACGCGCCUCUCCACAGCACAUUCACAUGCAGCUCGGCAUGCGCGUGUGCUUCGGCUGCAUGCACGCUCCUCCCUGCAGCAAAUCCAUGCACAACUCAGCAUGCACGUGCGUUUCAGCCAUAAGCACUCCCCCCCCCCCCCGCAGCAUAUCCACGCGCAGCUUGGCAUGCAUGUGUGUUUUGGCUGCAUGCACAUCCCUCCCCGCAGCAAAUCUGCGCACAGCUCAGCAUGCAUGUGCGUUACACCACAUUUCCCCCCCCCCCAGCACAUGCAUACCGCACUGCGUGCACACAUUUCAGCCGUGCGUCUCCCCCGCCUCCACAGCAACCCCAUGCUGCUCCGCACACAGCCCCCGCGAAUGCUCACGCCCACGCGCAGCACGCCCACGCGCAGCACACACACGCAUCGCGGCAGGCACGUGUCGCACGCAGCGCGCACCCGCGGCCAAAGCGUGCGCGCCUCGGCAGACCCUGCGGCAAUGCCCGCGCGCCCGCGUCUCGCGUGUCCCCCGGAGCCGAGGCGCAGCCGCAGCGCCUGCCCGCCCGCCCGCAUGCCGCCCGCCCGCCCGCCGCGGUCCACACGCGCCCUGGCCCAGCCCAGCCGCGGCGUCGGCCCGGCCCCUCCGUCCAGCCCCCGGGGUCCCUCCCGCCCCGCGCCGGGGAGCCGAGCCCCGGCCCGGCUCCCCCAGGACUGUGUGGUGUCUUUUUAGAACAUUAGCGACUCUUCCUUUGUAACGUGUACAGUAGAUUAUUUAUUUUGUUAUUUUGGAAUAAAACUUUAUUUUAUGGCUUA